ACUUACUGUUGAUAUUUACUGUAAUUCUUGUCUUUGACAAAGUAUUUAAACGUCUUAAAAAUUUAAUUUAUUUUUUUAAAUGAUGGCGUUGAACAAGUUUUAUUUAGCAAUGCAAACUAAAUGUUUAAAUAAAAAAUAUUAAAUAAUUUAAAAAACACACAUUAACUCUGAACACAAAGUAGGUGUUUUAUAAAACAUGUUGUCGCAGGAGAUAUAUAGAUACUGUACAAAUACACAAUGGCUACCUUCCUAAUUGUGAAAGUGAAUUUAUUGAUAACUUAGCCAAGAGGUUGGUGAGCUUUUACAGUGCAAUCCAAGUAGAAAGCGGAACCAAAAAAGCGAUUUAUGUUUCCGCCCGGACGCUCGGACAGGAUAUUCGCGCAAUGUUGGUUGCGAUCUUAAACGUAUCGCAGUUCGCGCAAGUGUCGCAAUAGUAUCCAGCUGCAGAACCGGACAGGACCGGAGCGUGACAACAACCCCUGACGAGACAGGAAAAUAGUGUCCCUUCAGUUCAAACCUGAUUGAGUUGAACGCUUUUCAUACGAAAAUGGAUUGUGUGACGUCCUUUCCCAUGAGUGACCAUGCUUACUUGGCCACCAGGCAGUCAGGACCUCACAUCACCUGUCAACUCAGGGACCAGUUACCCAAACUUGAAAAAUGCAGCAGCUGCUGCAGUUUGUUCCACUGCCCAUUCUGCAGUACCAGGAUUUUCAAGCCCAGGGUAAAAAACAAAGUCCUAAAACAUCUUGAAGGACAUGUAAGAAGGGCUGUCCAGCACAAAGAUUAUACAAUCUUCAAGUGCAAUUUACACUGCCAAAAUAUUGCACAUUUCCACUGCCCGUCCUGCACAAAAAUAUUCAUUAGGAGAGAUAGACUCUUGUUCCAUCUUAAAGGAUGUGCUAAUGAAGUGGACGAGAAAGUUCCCACUGCAAACCCAGAUGCUACUGAUGUCCAAAAAGAGCCAGACACCACUGCAGAAAACAUGCAGGAUGACAUUUUAUUUAAGGUAACUGAAAGUGGGGAUGACCUGGAGAACGUGCAAGAUAAAGAGAAGAAGGAGCAGCACUUACCUUUGCCUCUGAUUAGUACCAGUUUCUCUCUUCUGGAGUCCUGUCCAAACAACCAACAGGAGAUCAAACGUAAAAGGCAAGCGGCCACAGAACCUGAGAUAAGUCCUGUAGAUGCCCACACCAGCAUCAGAGAUGAGGACGAACUGUUUCUGCUCAGCCUCCUGCCCUCGCUGAAGAGGCUGACCAUCAAAAAGAGAAUGGAGGUGCGGAUGAAAUUCCAGCAGGUGCUUUAUACUGCAGAGUUUGAGGACUAGAGAGCCUAAAAAGACAGUUUUGUUAUAUUUAUUUUGUUGCACUAUUCCUAUUAAAAUUCAUCACUAUGUUGGUCUAGAAUGGAUUUUCGGUCAUGGUGAUGGAGCAGGCAUGGUCAUUAAAUGGUGGGUAUUAUUUCAACGACUGCAUUGGUACAGUGACAUGUGAUGCAAGGAAAUACAAGAGCCCAAUGUUUGAGGGUAUAGUGAUAUUGUAGUAUUGGACUAUAGACGAUAGAAGGCUGUGAUCACCCACAGUCUUACUAUAUUCAUACUUGUAUUCAUACAAUUAAUUAUUAUUAUCACGUUUUUAAAUUACAGCAAAUGUGGAAAAAAUGGUUUGUUUAACUUUUUAUCUACACAGUAGGGAAUUGGGGAUUCAUACCAAAUUAUCCCGCUGCCUGCUAAUGAUGUCUGAUUUAUCCGAUGACUUUUAUUAUUAUUUUUGUAGAUGACAAAAGUUUAAAUUUCUGAAAGGACAUUUCUACUGUACGCAUUUUUCAAAUAAAUCCUCUCUUCCUCCUGAAAAA